UUUACAAAGUUUCGAGUGAGAAAAAAUAUGUAAUAUCCUGAUUUUAAGAGGACGUCUUUUUACCGCAUGAAUUUAUUUACGCACACCCCCACGACAUAAGUGCCAUACUGGCUACUGCCAUGUGUUAAUUCUUAGAAUUUAGCAAUAUUUUACGUUCAUCCCUCCCCUAUAUAAUGCCAAGCCAGUUUUCACUAAUCAAAAGCCUCUCUCCCUCCCCCUCUCUCUUUCUCUCUCUGUUUAAGAGCAAUAUAUCUUGUGACAGAUACUAAGAUAUAUGAAGAAAAUGAGUUGCAAUCUGAAAUCUGGGGUGGCCCUGGUGAUGGCGUUGGUAAUAAUGGGCAUGAUGGGAAGUUUGAGUGAAUCAAAAUGUGAAUUUGAGGCAAUCUUCAACUUCGGUGACUCCAACUCCGAUACCGGUGGGUUCUGGGCAGCAUUUCCGGCGCAGGGACCUCCCUAUGGCAUGACUUAUUUCAAGAAACCUUCUGGCCGGGCUUCUGAUGGCAGGCUUAUCAUUGAUUUCUUGGCUGAAGCAAUAGGAGUGCCAUUUCUUAGUCCAUAUUUACAAUCAAUUGGAUCAAACUUUAGACAUGGAGCCAACUUUGCAACACUUGCAUCCACAGUUCUCCAACCCUAUACUUCCUUGUUUGUUAGUGGUGUCAGCCCUUUCUAUCUUGCCAUUCAGCUCAAUCAACUCAAGCAACUCAAUUUCCUGACUCAUCAACCUCACUCCCACAGAGGAGGAACCAAACUUCCUCAUCACAGUGUGCUUAAGAAAUCUCUGUAUGUAUUUUAUAUCGGCCAGAACGAUUUCACGGGGAACUUGGCAGCAAUUGGCAUAAAAGGAGUACAACAAUAUCUUCCUGAUGUAGUUGAUCAAAUUGCUUAUGCAAUUAAGGAAAUAAAUGGAAUGGGAGGAAGAACGUUUAUGGUGCUAAAUAUUGCACCAAUUGGUUGCUACCCUGCAUUUUUAGAAGAGCUCCCCCAUGACGAAUCUGAUGUUGAUCAAUUCGGAUGCUUGAUAUCGUACAACAAUGCAGUGGUGGAAUACAACACAAUGCUCAAAGAUACUUUGUUCCAAGUCAAGAAACAACUCUCCAAUGCUGAUGUUAUAUACGUUGACAUCCAUUCUGUGAUGCUCGAGCUCUUCCAACACCCUACUCAUCAUGGAUUGAGGCACGGUCCAACAGCAUGCUGUGGAGUUGAGGGUAAUAAACACAAAUUUAAUCCUAAAGUGUUUUGUGGAAACACCAAGGUUCUUGAUGGAAGAAAUGUAACUGCACAAGCUUGUAGCGAUCCACACAAUUAUGUUAGUUGGGAUGGAAUUCAUGCCACAGAAGCUGCAAACAAGAUUGUGACGGAAGCCAUUCUUAGUGGUUCGUACUUUGAUCCUCCUUUCGAUUUUCAUAAAUUUUGUGAUAUCCAACCUAUUGGUUGAGAAAAUUAGGGAAGUAGUCUAGAAGGUGAUGAAUCAUCCAUCUGCUAAGACAGUCUUAAGAAUAAAAAUUAAAUGUUCAAAUCCACUUCCUAAAUAAACAUUACUACCCUGCUUGAA